GUCUCUCUUUCCACUCAACCACAUUGUCAUAUCGUCCAUCUUGCUCCCAUGAGGUUAGAAAAUCUUGGAUUCAGAACUCAUUUCCCUUGCCACUCAGGGUGUCCUCAGACUCUGGAGGAAUUCCUCGGUAUCAAAGCCAGGUACUAUGAGGACGACAUGCCUUCCGAUGACUUCGAAAAUGGGCCAGACGAAACGUUUAUUGCCCCAGAGGUCAAGGAGAAUGUUCUUAAAGAGUUUGGCGGCCUUAUAGAACGCGACUUUCCCAUCGUUGACUUCAUACACCAUGUCUGGAAGUGCAAGCCGGAAGAUAUUCCAGGUGAUGGCUAUCAAAUCUGGGGCUUCAUCUACGCCAGAUAUUUUCGAACUGGAUACUACAGCAAGGGUAUCAACUCCAAGGAUGAAACAUUUAUUCAAGGAGACAGAUAUGCGGGGAUGUCAUUCAAUUUCAUGCUAAAGGGGCUUGUCCUAGAUAUACAACGGAAGAUGAAGGAGAACCCAGCCGCAGCCCCAGAGAAGGCAAAGAUGCGAUUCGCUGGUGACCUCCGCUUCCUACAUACCCGCGAACUGACCAAAUAUGCCCCGAUGAAUCCUGACUUCAUCUAUGGCUGUGCUAAUGAGCUACCGCACGAACCUGUCAACUGGCCUUACGCUGGACUUCUGGGUGAGCUCAGAAAGACUCGUCGUAUGGAGGAUCUAUGUUUUGAAGAAGACGUGGACAUAGACCUGUCAAAAUUGAAGGAUGCUUCCUUCAAUGCGCCGGAUAUCGUUAUGAACAAUGUCGUCGAUACCGAGAACGGUCGUAAACGAAGGCCGUCUGAUGCUAUGGAGCUUGAAGAAGAACGCCCUGCGAAACGGAGAAAACAGGUAACAGAGCCCUUGCCUUCAGCGUCAGACUUGGUGGAAGACUAUGAGAUGCAAGACCCCGACAACGAAGACUCGGCACCAGCUGUUGCAGAUAACUCGACAGUGGCACCAUCAGCUGAGCUGGACCAUGAGGAAAUCCAAAUAGCGUUAUCCCUCGCCCACCUUCUUUCAGACGGCGGUCGAGCGUUCGCUAGUGGUUUCCAGGUUGAAGAUACUAAAAUCACUCUCUGGUACGGGGACCGCUCAGGACUCAUCAAAAGCAAGUCUUUCGACUUCGUCCAAGAACCACAUUAUUUGCUACUGCUAGCUGCUGCCAUAUACUUCGCUAACGACAAGGACCUUGGCAUGUAUCCUCUGCUAUCCCCCCACUCAACACAUGGUCUCUACUUUAAUGGGCGCACUCUGAAGGUCCCCGCUGCUCGCGAUAUCAAUGACAUUGAACUCGGAACUGUGCACUACCGAGUGAACCUUCCCAUUGGUGGAACACCCCCCACUAUUGCUGGCGCUGUCGGCCGUGGAGGCCUCAUUUUGCAUCUCACUGCGGGCCAGACCACCAAAUCUGUUGCUGAAGAAGACAAGAUGGUUGCGAAGAUAGCGUGGCAGUCGACAGCUCGAAGAGAAGGUAAUUAUAUUCGUCGGGUUCAUCGCAAGAUGAACGAAUCAGAGGAGGCCAAGAAGCAUCUCAAGCACAUCGUCAAUUUGAAGUGCUCAUCGACCUUAGCUAUGAAUGAUCCGGAACUGAAUCUACCUCGAGUCUUUAUGACUGGGAUGAACUCCAUUCCGAAGGGAAAGACUUGUCAACUGGAUAUUCUUGUCAUGAAAGAGUAUCGGCCACUCCAGCACCUGAAAUCGCGCGGCGAAUUGGUUCAAGUGUUUCGAGGAGUCUUAGCAGGCCAUCGUUGGGCAUGGGAAACGGCCGGUGUCCUCCAUCGGGACGUCAGUCCGGGGAACGUUAUGUUUUAUAGAACAUCAGACGAAGUUGUCGGUGUACUCUGUGAUUGGGAUCUCGCGGAAGCUCAGGAGAACCUAGAAGAAGAUGAUCUGCUUUCUCUCGAUUACAACAAACUGGCACCUGUCCUUCAGAAUCUCGCUCGCGACGGAACCUCAGUUCUUUCAGAAGCAACCCUCAAAGAGAUUCAAGAAGGCAUUGCUCGACAGAAGCCUAGGCUUAUCAAUGGAAGUCAGCCCUUCGUAUCCAUUGACCUUCUCGACCACAUCGUUCCUGCACAAUCGUAUCGCCAUGACCUGGAAUCGUUCUUCUGGGUCCUUGUCUGGUUCUGCGCUACUCAUAACGCCAGUAGCUUAACCCUGAAAACCACUAAACUCUGGACUAAUCCUCGAAUCGAGGAACUGUUCAAGGAGAAAGUGGAUUUCCUGUGUAACACAACGACGUCUCAUGCAGUUCUUAAAGGAUGUCCUUCGACGUACCGUCGGCUUAUCCAAGGUUGUCUUCGAGGCCUCAGGAAUACCGUGAGGCGUACGCAUAUUCGUGAUGCGAAGCUCAAGGUCUUGCGCCUGAAACGUCAAGAAGCAAUCGUUGAAGGGAAUGCGGGAAUGGAUGUCAGAUACAAGGAGGAGAUGAUCUCAGUGAUCCAGCAGACAGCCGGUCAAGAGUUAACGUUCGAAACUUUCAUCAAGUGUUUGGACUCUGUUUAGGGAUUAGAUGCCACACCAUACUGUGCUCGAUAGGACCUGUACAAUCACACUUUGAAUUGUUUAGCAAUCUCUCUUCCAAGCGUGUCGCUUGCAGUUCAAGUUUGCUUUGAGGUCCAG